AUGCUUCAUACCGUUCAGAACUGCCCUUGUCGGCCUCUGGGCGAUGAAUUCGAGCAAAUCAUCACGUUCAACCCUCACACACACCCAUACCACGAUCGCAAGUUCCGCACUUACCCUCGUCCUUUCCCUUCUAAACCGUCUAUACUAUUGGAUGAGUACAGCAAUGUGUCAGAAGAAAGUGUCAGCGGACGAUAUAAUCUGGGCGUCUUCUACUGGCUUAGCUCUCUGUUCUUUGCUGGCUAUCGAAAGGUCUUGAAGCACGAGGAUCUAUAUCCUCUUGACAAUGAAUUACGGUCUGAACUACUGGCUAAGAAAAAGUCAGACGCUUGGGAAAAAGUGCCCGGCAAGAGAAGGCCUGGUGCACUUUUUAGUUCCUGGAUGGGCGCUUUUUGUAUUGAUCUUCUGGUUACGCCACAAACACAACAGUUCGAUAACAAUGACUAUGGGCUCAUCGGUGCUUAUAUUCUUCAUCACUAUGCCCAAUCGUGA